CUAAGCAGCCGUGUGACUGCCUUGUUGGGAAUCAUAAAGAAAAAAGGACACUGCAGUUAUUAAAUGUUUUGAAUCCUCCUUGGUCAAUAGAGCGAGGUCUUUUGUCAAACAACGCCAGUAUAUACGUUAGGGAACACUGAAUUCCCAAGCCAGGACUGUUACACAUAUCACCAUCAUACGACCGCAGCACGCUAGACCUCCAGCUCUUGCAUUUCACCGGCAACACAAACAGCUGCUGCAUGCUCAGGGACAGACAUACAAACAACAUGUACCCUGCCUUCCGAGCCAGUCACCACACAGCCGCUCUUGCUUUUCUCGUCAUAUCUUUGCUCUGUGCAACAAUCCUCGCUGCACCAGUCGAUAUCACCAGCUCAACAAAGCUGCAGCUCCCAUCAAGCACAACUCCAUCAGUAACAGUCCAGACGGACGCAAUACCAGACGGAUCGAUAAAGCAACCGGAUACCAUAGCCGAUACGACCCACGAGCACCAGCAACACUUACUGCCGCGGGGCGUCCUCCAAAAGCGCAUUGAUAUAACACCCGAGUCUGGAGGGGCCAUUCUGACGACCCUCCUCGUCGUCGUGGGGUGCGCGAUUGGCCUUGGGGCUGCUAGCAUUGCGGUGUUUGGGUUUGAGUGGAAGAGGUGGAGCCGCGGUGUAAAGAGGCAAGAUCACAUCGAUGUCGUUACUAGAAUCGAAAAGGGGAAGAGUGUCCCCUCCGCAGACGAGAAGGGGAAGGCGAAUGAGGACAAAAACAGGAACACAAAGUAGCGGCAGAUUGAUAAUGAGUCCCACGACCUUGACCAUGUAUUUUUUGGCAGUCACGCCUUUCUUUGUUUUCAGGAGAUACCC